AUGACCAAGUCGACGUCCCCUUCGCUCGACGACGACUCCAACGCCGAGAAACAAGACAAAUCCAAACUCCGAACUAACUACCAAUACCCUGAACGCUCAGUAUUCACGAAAGUACCUUUCAUCUCGACCAAGGCGCCGCCCCCACCGAAGGGAUCCAUUGACGAUGCAGAAACUAUCCCUGAAGUCAAGGCUAGUUGGAUAAGCCUUAUCACAUUUGGCUGGAUCACCCCGUUACUUGUCCUUGGCUACCUUCGUCCUUUGGAGGCUUCGGAUCUGUACAAAUUACAAGCGGACCGAUCGUCUGCAUAUGUGGCCGAGAAGAUAGUAACGUCGUACGAUCGGCGACGGAAAGAGGCAGAUGAGUACAACAUGCGAUUGCGCAAUGGGGACGUCAAGCCUCCGGUGUGGAAAAAGUUGUGGUGGAUUCUUAGAAGGGACAGCAAGGCGCGCGAGGAGAGGUGGAGAGAUUUUGAUGGCAAGAGACGCGCGAGCUUGGUCAUGGCCAUGAAUGACAGCGUCAAGUGGUGGUUCUGGUCCGGGGGAAUCCUCAAAAUCCUCGGUGACGGCGCGCAAAUUACCAGCCCUUUGCUUGUAAAGGCAAUCAUCAACUUUGCUACUGCAUCAUACACGAAUCACCGAACGGGUAAUUUCGACGCCAUCCCGCCCAUUGGCCAGGGAAUUGGUUACGUAUUCGGAUUGCUGGGUCUACAAAUAGUCGCCUCCCUAUGUACUCACCACUUCUUCUACCGCGGUGCAUCAACAGGGGUGCUCCUUCGUGGUGCUCUCAUCACUGCCAUAUUCCAGCGUUCGCUCCGGUUAACAUCCCGUGCCCGCUCCAAGUUACCCAACGGCAAACUCGUUAACCAUAUCUCCACUGAUGUAUCGCGCAUCGACUUUUGUUGCGGCUUCUUCCAUAUGGCAUGGACGGCUCCGAUACAAAUGAUUGUCUGCUUGAUCCUGUUGAUAGACAAUCUGGGACCUAGUGCCUUAGCUGGAUUUGGGUUCUUCCUCCUCGCGACUCCAGCGCAGACGAUGGUGAUGAAGAACCUAUUCAAGCUACGAAGGAAGAGCAUGAUAUGGACCGAUAAGCGCGCGAAGUUGCUGCAAGAGCUGCUAGGCGGUAUGAAAGUCAUCAAGUUCUUCGCUUGGGAGACACCAUUUCUUCAGCGCCUCGUCGAUUACAGGCAGAAGGAAUUGAGUUACAUCCGCUCGUUGCUGCUCGUGCGAUCCGCCAACAACGCUGUUGCAAUGUCACUACCAGUCCUGGCGUCGGUCCUAUCUUUCGUUACUUACUCGCUUUCUGGACAUUCGCUUGAUCCAGCCAUUAUUUUUGCGUCUUUAACUCUGUUCAAUUUGCUGCGACUACCCUUGAUGUUCCUGCCCGUGGCAUUCAGCUCGAUCGCAGAUGCUGCGAACGCUACCUCGCGUCUAUACGACGUCUUCGAAGCGGAGACACUAGAAGAAACACAAGUCACCGAUCCUCAGUUGCCCUAUGCCAUCGAAGUCAAGAAUGCGUCCUUCAUGUGGGACAGUCCUCCUCCCGAUGACGCAAAGUCGAAGAAGCGGCCAGGCCUUUACGCGCACGUUCCAACCUCGACUACCUCUGCAGGGAAGGCAAAGAACGACGACAAGACGAUAUUCGAGAUGAAAGACGUGAAUUUGACUAUUCCAAGGGGCAAAUUGGUUGCCAUCGUCGGCGCUGUGGGCUCCGGCAAGACGUCGUUAUUGCAAGGCAUCAUCGGGGAAAUGAGACGCACAUCCGGCACAGUGACAUUCGGAGGUUCUGUUGGGUAUUGCCCGCAGACUGCUUGGAUCCAGAAUCUAACGAUCCGCGAGAAUAUUUGCUUCGGGAGGCCUUUCGAAGAAGAGCGCUACUGGGCGGCCGUUCGGGAUGCCUGUCUUGAACCUGAUAUCGAUAUGCUGCCCUACGGCGAUAUGACUGAAGUCGGGGAAAAGGGCAUAUCUCUUUCCGGAGGCCAGAAGCAACGAGUGAAUAUUGCUAGAGCCAUAUAUUGCAACACCGACAUCCAAUUCUUCGAUGAUCCGCUCAGUGCCUUGGACGCCCAUGUUGGCAAGGCGGUCUUUCAGAACGUCCUGCAGAACACUCUUUCUGGCAAGACGAGGAUCCUGGUGACGCACGCUCUUCACUUCUUGCCGCAAGUUGAUUACAUUUUCACCGUCGUCGACGGGCGCAUUGCCGAACGCGGGACUUAUGCCGACCUUAUGGAGAACAACGGCACAUUCUCGAAGUUUGUUCACGAGUUUGGGUCGCAGGAAGAAGAGAAGAAAGAGGUCGAGGCGGAAGAAGAUGCUAUAGAUGCUGAAAAGGACGGUAACAAAAAAGCGAGAAAGCCAGAUGUUAUAGGCGCGUCUCAGAUGCAGGCCGAGGAACGGAACACUGGAGCCAUUAGCGGGCAAAUCUAUAAAGAUUACGCAAAGGCAGGGAAUGGCGCAGUUGUCCUUCCCCUCUUAGCGUUCGCGUUGGUGUUUUUGCAGGGCUCGAAUGUUAUGUCGUCCUAUUGGCUUGUGUACUGGCAAGAAGACCAAUUCAAUCAAUCUCCGGGCUUCUACAUGGGGAUCUAUGCAUCCUUGGGUAUCUCUCAAGCCCUGGCAUCUUUCCUGAUGGGAAGUACAUUUGCCAUGUUGACGUACUUCGCAUCGCAGCGACUGCACAAGGCCGCAAUAAACAGAGUUUUACAUGCGCCCAUGUCAUUCUUCGACACUACGCCACUUGGUCGAAUCAUGAAUCGCUUUUCUAAGGAUAUCGAUACUAUAGAUAACCUACUGGGAGAUGCCCUACGCAUGCUCGCGGGCACUUCUUCAUCUAUAUUGGGAGCUAUCAUCUUGAUCUCCAUCCUGCUUCCCUGGUUCCUCAUCGGCGUCUUCUGCAUCUUGAUCGUCUACUACUACGCCGCCACCUUUUAUAGAGCUAGUGCUCGAGAGCUUAAGCGGCUUGAUGCUAUUCUGCGAUCCACGCUGUAUUCACACUUUUCCGAGUCCCUAUCUGGCCUACCUACGAUUCGAGCCUACGGUGAAGCGGAUAGGUUCAGACAAGAGAAUGAGGAUCGCGUAGACAUAGAGAAUCGGGCCUAUUGGCUAACGGUCACGAAUCAAAGGUGGCUGGGUAUCCGAUUGGACUUUUUGGGCGCACUGCUCACUUUCGUUGUGGGCAUGCUUACCGUCGGCACUCGCUUUUCUAUUUCUCCUGCUCAAACUGGUGUGACCCUAUCUUAUAUCCUCUCUGUUCAGCAAGCAUUUGGCUGGCUCGUUCGUCAAAGCGCGGAAGUCGAAAACGACAUGAAUUCAGUUGAGCGAGUAGUGCACUACGCAAAGGAGAUUGAACAAGAAGCACCCCACGAACUUCCUGACAGGAAACCUCCCGCACCGUGGCCCUCUAAAGGCGACGUGGAACUCAAGAAUGUUGUACUCAGUUACCGCCCAGAGCUGCCAGCCGUCUUGAAGAAUGUCAGCAUGGUUGUAAGAGGAGGCGAGAAGAUUGGUAUAGUUGGACGAACUGGCGCUGGAAAAAGCUCGAUUAUGACUGCGUUGUACCGCUUGGUUGAGCUCACUUCAGGAUCUAUCAUCAUCGACGGUGUCGAUACUUCGACCGUUGGACUGACCGACUUGCGAAGUGGGCUAGCAAUUAUUCCUCAGGAUCCCCAACAAGUCUCUGGGACGCUGAGGACUAAUUUGGAUCCCUUCAACUUACACGAUGAUGCGCGACUUUGGGACGCUUUGAAGCGCUCAUACUUGGUGGAGUCCGCAAAGAGGAAUUCUGCUGCCCUCGAGGACGAUCUCCCAACCGGUGCAAAUACUCCCACCAAUCGUUUUACCCUUGACACUCCAAUCGAAGACGAAGGUUCCAACCUCUCCGUGGGCCAACGAUCUCUUGUAUCCCUCGCAAGGGCGUUGGUGAAGGACACCAAAGUGCUAAUUCUUGAUGAAGCCACGGCGUCCGUAGAUUAUGAGACCGAUCGCAAGAUUCAAGAUACGAUUGCUCACGAAUUCCAAGAUCGCACGAUAUUAUGUAUCGCUCAUCGAUUACGGACUAUCAUUGCCUACGAUCGUAUUUGCGUGUUAGAUGCCGGCCAAAUUGCUGAAUUCGACACGCCUCUAAACCUAUACUCAAAGGCUGAUGGUAUCUUUAGAGGGAUGUGCGAGCGAUCCUCGAUCACUUUAGACGAUAUCAGGCUCGCGUCCAAAAUCCGCGAUGAGAACGCGUACUGA